AUGGCCCUCACGGCUAGCACACGCGUCUUCGAAACUUACGGCCCGGCUGUCGCGGUCGCGCCGGAUGCUCUCGCCGUUUACACACAAGUCUCAGACCCUGCGGUUACCGGGGAUGGCAACCCCCCCAUCAACCGCCAUAGCCGUCACUUUUCGAAGCCACCUCACGCCGGUGGCAACAUGCCCGGAGCGGUCUAG